CUUAAAUACUUCCGGUUUUAUACAAUCAAUAAGUAUACAAAAAAUAUUAAAAUGUUUACAAAAAUACCAUUAAUUUAAUAAUCGAUUUGGUUGGUUGUUCUUUAUCUUCUAUUUAUUUACUAUUUACAUAGGUAGUUUUUAAAGCUUUUUAUUUUUGCCGCCUUCGCGUUUUGUACUAUCGUGCCUUGGUCGUACCAGAUAUUAGAAUAGGGGUACGUAACCUAGCAACCAACCAAAACUGACACACAGUAAACCAAACCAAUAAACAAGGGAAAUGUAAAAGAAGUUUACUAGAUUAAUUUUAAUUUUGAUGCUUUGAUAACCUAUCUGGAAUGAAUUUGAAAUGUCGAAAGAAAAUUCAAAACUGAGGCUGCUCGGUUCGCCUGUGAAUCUGACUUAUAGAAGCAAGAAAAAAGACGACAAACGAAAUAUACGUAAUCGACCCCGGUCGGCGUUACAAAAUUCUUGCUUUACUCCGGAUCUUCCAGAAAAAUACAAAAGACCAUUUUCAGCUGAUGCAAAAGAACGAGUACCAUCAACAAGGAUAUUCCUGAAAGCUUUUAGUGCUGAGCUACUGCAGUCUUAUAAUAGUUCUCCUGUUAACUUAAAAGUAGUGCCCCCUACAACAGACCUUCUUGGCGAACCAAAAACUCCUAAAUCUAUAAGGAAAGAUAAGGACGUAUGUAGCAAUGCCUCUGAUUACGGAUCCGAGGAUACUUUCAUUAGUUUAGGCACGAAAAUAAAAGCCAAAGCUCAAGUGACCCCUAAACAAAAAACAACUGGUGCAAAAAACCAUUUGAAAUACAGAAAUAUAGUCAGGAAAAAUCGCAAGCCAAUGGAUAAUGUUAAUGAAGAUAAAAUUGAACAUGACUAUGGCUUAGAAAUAAAAAUAACUGAAAGGACACCAACAUCUCCAUCUCUAGUCAAAAAAGAUGACGUCGGUAUGUUUUAUGGUCGUAGUAGUUCACCGACAUUUAAAACUAAUUCAUAUGAAUCAUACUUUCUUCCUUUGGAAAUGGACAGAAAAGUAGAUAAUAAGCCUGUAGAAAAGCAGUCUUUUAGCGAUCCUAAUAUACAAGCGGAGGUUGAACAAGCCAUAGAUACUUACUCAAGGCGGCUUACACUUACGAAACAACAACUGUCUCUUGUAGAAGAGGAAUCUACUCAAGACUUAGAAAGUGUACCAUCGCAAAACUUAUCGAGUUUAUCACCAGAAAAUUCACUUGAUAAUAAAAAUUCAAAAAGUAAUAAUGUCGAAAAUCUCACUCGUCGUAAUUCUUUCAUAGAAGAUAUAAAAGAUAAUGUGUAUACAAAGAAUCGAAAUGUCACCGGAGAACCAAGAACUUAUAAUAGUUUCUAUGAUGAUUUUCAUUCCAGCAAUUUCGAUACUUAUAAAAGAAAAAUGUCGAGCACUAUUGUUCAUACUGAUUCUUCUUCUAAGGAUUCAGGUUACCCUGACAGUGGUGCCAACGAUGAAAAAUUAUUUCGCCAGAACUAUUCUUUACCGCCUACUACAAAUUCCGUUUUGAAAAAGUCUAAUUCGCACACAAGUAUUGAAGACCAACCCAAAAGUUUAGACAGCGCUUCUACGAGCAGUAAUGAUAAAUAUUAUCAUAAAACUUAUCCAUUAGAUAAAAAAUGGUCUGAGCCCUUAAAUCAUAGCCGCUUAUUGUAUAAAGAUUUUUUUAUAAAGAAAGAAGGGCACAUAGCUUUUCCACCACACAAUUCACCUAACAAACAUGAUGGUAAUAAUAUACCCGGUAGUAAUGGACCAGCGAAUAUUAAAGAUAAUAAGAAAUUCAAUGCUGACUUAGAUUAUCCACCAUACUUAGCCAACAGUACAACUAAAGCAUAUACAUCUAAAGUGAUUGAAGAUUAUAAAAAAGAAUUAGAGGCAAUAAAUAACUUGCAUGAGUUAACGCUUAAAGAUUUGAAAACAGAUGCUAUAUCUCCAACUCCCAUGAACAUUGAUAAAAUGUUUGAACAAAACUCUGGUUACUUUGUAGAAAGUAAGGUAGAUGAUAAAAAAGAAAAUGCCGUUGAAAGUAAUAAUUUAAACGAGUCUGCGCGUAAUAUUAAUAGUACAAAAGAAAAUGAUAAACGUGAUAUCUCAAAAAUAUCUACUAAAGAACUCAUACAAAAUUAUUUCAAAGUUAAAGAGGGGGAUUACGGUAAAGAAUAUGAACCUAAAAAUUUGCGGAAGUUUGAUAAAACACCUACUAAUAACUCUUUGACUAACAGUACUUCCAAACUCGAAGAAAAUUCGGCAACUGGUAAACAAAAUUGGAAUAAUAAGAAUAUGAAAAGAGUUACUAAUAGCAAAACCAUACCUGUUAAUAUAAGGAACCAAACUCAGAGGAAUAUAUACAUUACACGGAUUCCUUUAUCUGCCAGGAUAGAAAGCGUACAAAAUGAUAAAGACAUUGACUCCUGGAUGUCGUUAUCGGCACCUUCACCAAGAUUACUUGAUAUUGAAGAGACAGAAGCAAUUCAAGAUUCUGCACGAACGGCGAGGAACGCAAAACUCGAAGAAGCAGCUAAAAAUGAAACAGCAGUACUUUUAACGCCAUCUCUUUCAGAGAAAAAAGAUGAUGCUCCAAAAGUUACAGAUUUGAAUUCCAAAUCCACUGUGUUUGAUAUAUAUACCAUGUUAAAAGAAAUCGAGAGCUAUGGCGAAAAUCCAGUUACAGCUGUUGCUAGUAUAGAUGUUGCCAAUGUUGAAAAUGUCGCAGAACCUAAUAAAGAAGAAAAUACUCCUGCCAAGGAUAAUUUUCUAGAAAUAUUUGAAUUUUUAGAAAAAGUAGAACAAAGUGCCAACGACGCCCUGUCUGUAGUCACAAGCACGACCCCUCAAACUAUACCCAAAUUGGAGUCUUUGCUGAAGUUGCCGCAAACUGAGCUAGCGCAGCGUCUGGUUACUGCGUCGCUUCAGCUCGAGGAGCGCUCGUGCUGCAUCGCCCUGCUGCAGGAGAGUCUCACCAACCAUAAGGAGCAGAUGGUUACAAAAGUGAGCAACUUGGAGAAACAGUCUAUUCGGAAUAUAGCCAAAGUGAAACAAGAAUGCGAAGAAACCAUAAAGAGGCAUCAAAAUUUUAUUGAUCAGCUAAUAAACGACAAGAAGACCUUAAAUCACCGCAUAGAACAACUAGUAGACGAGAGACGAGCGCUAGAAGAACGUUGGAAGCGGUCGGCGCAAGCGCUCGAAGAACGCUACAAGCUAGAACUGCGAAAUCAACACGACAAGAUGGCCGCCGCGCAACAGGUCGCUAGACAGCGCUGGGUUCGACAGAAGGCGGAGAAAAUCAAAGAGUUGACAGUGAAAGGACUAGAAGGAGAACUAAGAGAGAUGGCUGAACGCCAGCAGAAGGAGAUAUCUGAUCUGAAGAUGUCACACGCGGAACAAUGUGGGAGGAUGCAGGCGAAGCAUUCGGCCGACUUGGAGGCGCUCAGAAGGAAUCUAGAAGAUGAGAAGGAAGCUGCUCUGGUUAAAGAGAGGCAACUGGCUAGCUCCAGGUUAGAGAAGCAAAUUCUCGAGUUGGAGGUGACUUACCAAGAACAAAGGUCGCGGCUCGUAGCCGAGAUGAGAGCGGAGAACGAACGCGCCGCCGCCACUGUGGCCGCGGCCGCGGACAAUCAGCGGAGACAGGCGGAGAAAUGGAAAGAAGAGCAAGAAAAGCUAUUGGAAGAGAAAAGGCUGAAAUUAGAAGAAGAAAUUGCCAUGGAGAAGGAAAAACAUGGGGAACAAUUGAAGAUAAAAGAGAAAGACUUAGAAGAUCGCUUCGAGCAAUUCAAGAAGGACUUCGAGGCGGAACAGCAGCUGAUUCUGAAACGGAAGACAACGGAGAUAACCGCGCAGCAGAAGUUAGAGCGGGACAGGGAGAUCGAGCGGGCCAUAGAGAGCAUGGAGACGGAAGCGCAGGCGGCUAGGAAGGAACUGCAGGAAGCUAUGAGACGCAACAAGGAGCAAUACGAAGCUGAGCUGAAGGAAUUAGCGGAGACGGAACAAGCCACCCUACGGCGAUACCAGGAUGUGCAAGCAAGAGUGAGAUCCACUGAAAACAGAUGUGCUGAACUCGAAGUUACAAUCAGUCAAUUAGAAACACGCAACAAGGUUUUAGUUGAGAAAAAUUCGCAACUCGAAGCUCGUAUCGAUGAGAUUAAAACGAACUGCGAUGAGUCGUGGCGGAAAAAGGUGGAAGACCUCCACCGCGACGUGGACGCGAUGAAAAAGACGCACGAGGAACAGAUGCACCAACUAUAUGCCAAGGUGAAAGUGGCUGUGGCCCGAAAAGAUUCCGCGAUACAAGCACUGACUCGCGAAGCCGCCAAAUAUCAAGAGAAGGUGGCUUUACUGGAACAAAAGCUGCAGCAGCAGCGGAAGGACUUCCUCAAACACAAGUGAAAUGACACUGACAAGGUUUAACAUUAUGCCCUCUAGUUUUUGUUUUAAGCAUUUAACUGCUAAAUGUUUAUUAUGCCCUCUAUUUAAUAUUCAACAACUAAUCUGACCCCACUUUCCUUCCCCUUUAUUAAAAACAGAGACUAAGUUUGGAUUAUUUUAGUUUAUAGUACUAUUUUUUUAUAUAUAUAAUUUAUUCAUGACAAUGGAUACAAGUCCUUCAGUCGUAUACAUAAAUACAAAUCUUAAUCUUCUUUUUUUUAACAUUAGAAUGUCGGUGGGACACAUUCUAUUGUUUCUCGGAGUGUUUGGCACGAAAUGUAUCGAGUUGGUUUUUUCGAUAAGCUUCUGUGAGGUAGUCAACACUACAAUAAAGUUCUCACGUCCACUUGACCGGAAUAGAGUAUAUUUUAAAGAUUCCACUAAUUCUUCAGUUGCGCAGAUUGUUGUAACACGAAACCACACCAAUUUUAUUUCACAAUAUCCACUAUGAACGAAUUUAAGAAUAGUUAAAAUAAGACGUCAACCGCACUCGAUGAAAUCCCGCCAAAAACUCUUAUAGUACUAUAGUAGCGUUGCCAUCUGAAAAAAAACAGAAAACCAGACUUUCCCGCUAAAUGAAUAACUUCUGGGUCUCACGGCCGGUGGGACGCCAAAUAAAGUGUUUUUUAACUAAAUGUUUAAAUAAAACACAUGUAUUUUAUAAGAAGGUUAUAAUAGGUUUUAUUCCUUUUUAAUUGCAUAUUUAGCCAAGUGUAUGCAGCUUGCUUGCCUCAAAAGAAAAUAAGCCUAAUAAAAGCCGGACGGGCCGGACGUAGUAAAAUUGGCCCGGACAAGAGAUCAAAAUGUCUGACACUGUCCGGCUUUAUCCGGCUACGCUACACUUGAGUGGUAUGAAAAAAACACGGCGUAAAUAGACUAAGCUUUAUUCCUCGUGUUGAAUAAGGGGGGUUGAGUGUAAGAGUCCAGAUUUUGAUUAUAUACACGCCUUGAUACCGUUGAAAUGGCCCAAAAAAUCCUUUAAAUACUUCAGAGAUAUGCGCGUCGCUUAACACGCACAAUCACUGCUUUCAAAAAAAAACGAGCGAGCCUUACAGUAGUCGCGUAUGAUGUGUAACAUUUGAAACCUCACCUUAUAUUAGUAAAAAAAGAAAUAAAACCUACUACAAAAGCAAUAAGCCAUUUGAACAUCUUGUUCUAUAAUCGAAUCAAACAGCGGGCGCUUGCCAAACUUCCUGUUACGCACUUCCGUCCCACUUCAUGUAAUCACUCCCACAAAUUGCACGAAAGCGAGUGGAAAGAUGUUACACAUCAAAAACACGGCGUAUGUAGUCUAAGCUAUUUCCUCGUUUAUUAAUUAGGCGGCUUGAGUCUAGAGUCUAGAUUUUGACUAAUACGCCUUGAUACCGUUGUAACGGCCCAAAAAAUCCUCUAUAAUACUCAAUGCAGAUAUGUUCGUCGCUACACACGCACACAUUGACUGCUUUUAAACAAUCUGACGUUAGAGUCACGCACACAUAACACGUUACAACAUGUUACACAUAACACGUAACAUGAGCUGUUUUAUUUGCGUGUUUUAUAUGGAUUGUUCCUAUCUAUAAUUAUAGAUAUUAUUAUUAUAUAUCUAUUCAACUUCCUCUAUGACAAGAGGUAACCAAGUAAACAUAUAUCUAAAGAAAUUUUUACUAGAAAAAAAUACACGCGGACCAUUCGGCAGACUGGAUUCCAACCCGGCACCCUCCGCUAUCCGGGCGGAUGCAGUGACCAUUAUGCUACCGCGGCCCUUUUUUAUUGUUGGGAAAUGCAUGACGCAUAUGCCACCCCUUUUUUUUUAUUACGCCGGUAAAAAAUCUUUUUACAGACGACGGCGCCUGUAACGGACCUCACACCUUGCUCCCGCAAGUCUUACGGACCCCCCAGUGACUGCCCACCUGCGACCCCGCUACCCUUUAAACCGGGAGCUUUACGGCAUAAUAUCCGCUAAAAAAGUCCUGCGAAUACCUUCACUACUGCCUGAUGCGGAGCCGCGGGAUCCCCUUGGUGGGAUUUCUCCGCAUCCCCGCACCUAGCAGCCUCCCGGCCUAGCCGGGGCUCCACGGCAGGGGUUUCCCGAGGUACUGCGGGGACCCCGUAGACGUGCGCAGGUAGGCCCGCGCAUGGGGGCUGGGUACGCGGCCUAGUGCCCACCAAUAUGCCACCCCUGGGUGAGAGACAGAGUUAUGUGGGACUCCUCCCGCUCAGCCAGACCGGCUCAGCGGCUGCUCGGGAUGAUGAGAACUACUCACUAAAAACCCACAUUGCUUCCUCGCUUGCCGGAACGGGUUUCGUGGGAUCCUGGUGACUCUCCACGUUAGGGUUCCCCCGGCAGGGGUUCCUCCUCCUCAGUGUUGCCAUCAAGUUUGACAGAGUUGCCGUAUUCGAUACGUCAGAUUGCGAUAUUAACUAAAUUAUUUAUUAAAAUUUAUAGGUAGUUAGUAACUAAUUAAUAGUAACUUUUUUUUUUUUUUUUUUAUAGAUAGGUCCGACAAAUGACUCCACUUCACCUUAUGUUAAGUGAAGGUGAAGUCCAGACGUGACG